UUACAGUGUCGGCACAAGUGCGUCGCGUUGUGCGGUGCCCUCGUGUGUUUAUCGUGCUCGUAAAAACGUGAUUCAAAUUUAGAUGACAAAUUACAAAGAAGGACGCGUUCUUUUGUUCCGAGCUUCCUGCGAUUUUGGAAAAUGUCGGAGCACGAAGCGCGAUCCACGAAAAAUAAGGAGAGACAGGAAGAUAAGACGGAUCCGGGCGCUAGCAGACACGGCAACUUCAUGAAUUAUUACCAAUUCCAUCCUGCGGAAGAGCGCGUGCGACAACUUCCGUGUGGCGUGUGGCACUCGACCCAUCCGGACCGGAAAUACGUAGGCCUAGACGUUGGCUGUAACGCGGGGGAUUUAACAUUCGUGUUGCACAACUUCCUCGAGAAAACCUUAUCUACCGAUCAAGAUCUACCGAAGGAGAUUCGUUUGCUCGGCAUAGACCUCGAUCCUAUCUUAAUCGAACGGGCACGGGAACGCAAUCCACGGCCGAAUCGUAUCGUUUUCGAGUGUCUCGAUUUUUUGAUCGAGGAUCGUAACGGGACACUGGACAAGUAUCUUCGUCGAUUGGAAAGGUCGCGCUUCGACGUUGCGUUCUGUUUCUCCGUUACGAUGUGGAUCCACUUGAAUCACGGGGACAAAGGACUGAUGGAAUUUUUGCAAAAGGCUUGUUCGAUCACAAACAUGAUCGUCAUAGAACCUCAGCUUUGGAAAUGUUAUAGAAACGCGUCGAGAAGGCUCAGACGAUCAAAGGGCGAAGAUUUUCCAUUAUUGAAGACGUUGAAACUCACUGGCGAUCCGGCAGGGCAUAUUGAACGCAUAUUGACUGAAUUUUGCAAUUUUCGAAGAGUCACGGUUACCGAGAACAAUGAGUGGAAACGGAGAUUAUUAAUUUAUGAAAGGAUGUGAGCUAUCGCUUCCAAGAUUCAUGAGAUUCCAUAUGUUAAUCGAAGUCAAACGACCGAACGACGAUUUUUUCUUAUGCGAAUGCGAUUGGAAAUAUUAAUACGAUGGUUGAAAUAAUUUUUGAUAGCUUUAAGUGACUCGUUAUUGUCGAUAAGUCGAUCGUCAUUGCACACACUCAUUCAUUCUCUCUCUCCCCCCCCCCCCUCUCUCUGUCAUAGGUCCGGUAACUGUUUUUUAAAUAUAUUUUAUUAUUACAAAUAUGCGAGAUAGAAUAUUUUCUUUGUUAUAAACAGUAUGUAAUUAUUCUUAAAUAUCGGUUUAAAUAAUAUCACUUAAAAUGUUAUAUUUAUAGAAGAAGACUUUGAAAUUUGGAAGAUUCUUUUGCCUUGCACUGGGCAGUGAGAUAUAUUGUAUUCUUUUUUUUUUUUUUUAUUAUAAAUAGCAGCCACCUUUGAGAUAUACAUACUAUGUAUUUGGAAAGCAAAGAUCUAAUAUUUGGAAAUUUUUCUUUCACAUAUUCUUUCACCCAUCCUAUUUUCUAUUCUGUAUGAUUAAAUGUAAUUUUUAAAUAAAUCUCAUUAUUCUCAUA